AUUAAAAUGAGUGAAUUGGAAUAUGUGAAUCUUGAAAAAGGAUAGAAAGGGAAUAGAAAUAGAAAUAAUAAGUAAUUUAAUGGAAGAGGAAGAAGAGGAGAUAGAUUUUAAUCAAAUAGAGGUAGAAGACCAGUUUGGAAAUAAAGAUAAACACAAUAAAGAUAAUAAUAAUAGCAUGUACAUGUUUGUUGAAAACAUAACAGGGAUAAUAAUAAAGAUAAAAUAGAUUUAGAAGAAUACCAACUGGAUAAGCAAGAAGAUAGAGAAUAAAUAGAAUCUAAAAUAGACCAAGAUAAUAGUAAAGAGAAAGAGAGAGAGGAAGAGAUAGAGUGAGAGAUAGAGAAAGAGAUAUAGAAAGAAUUAGAAAUAGAGAAGAAUAGAGAUCGAAUAAUAAUAGAGAGAGAGAGAGAGAAAGAGAUAGAGAAGUUAUAUCAAAAGGGCCUAGACCAAAUGUAAUAGUAAGAGGUUUAGAUCCACAUUAAACAGAAACAGGAUUAAGAGUAUAUAUCUUAAUUUAAAUAAUAAAGGAAUUUUGUUCAUAAUAUGGACCUAUGGAGAUGUGUAAAUUAGAGAGAGAUAAUUUUGGAAAUGUCAAAGUAUUUAUAUUAAAAUAUAUUUAUAUAGCCUGAAGGAAUUGGUUUGAUUAGAUUCUUUAAAUAAGAUAAUGCUGAGUUAUUUGUUUCAAAGGUUGACGGAGAGGUGGUUAAUGUUAAUGGAGAUGAUAAAAGUGUAAGGAUUCUUAAUUAUUCUUAUAGUUGAGAAGACUAUCUGCUAAAUUGGUUGGAUAGAAUAAUAAAAAUAGCGAUGACAGAUAAACUAGUGGAAUUCUUAAAAUAAGUAGAGGUCCUAUUCAAAAGUAAUUAUCAUCUAACAUUUAUAGAUCAUGGAGAAGAUGAUAUGGUGAUAUAUGAAUUAAUAAUAUUUUAAACAAAUCCUAAAUUAUUAGCAUUAACUUUGGUAAAUAGCUUUAUGGACAAGUCUUUAU